UUAUCACAGGUCGUUAAAUACCCAAAUGAACAGAAAAGAACUACAAUAUUACUUUUUCAGACCUCCAGUUCUGGACAACUUAAUUUAGCUAAGAAUUGGGAAACAGUUGGCCAUACAAGUGAUUCCUCUAAGAAGUCCCGAACUAUACAUAUUGAUGUAUAUUGUACAGAUACAGAUAUGGAAUUAUCAGAGACAAGUUCAGAUUCUUGGGAAUCUACUUCAACCCCUCAAACGGUGUUUGAAUCACGAAAUGUUUGUGUCACACAUGAAAGAGCCAGUGACAGUGGAUUACCAUUUAAAUUAAAGAGACGUUCUCGCAAAAAACCAUCAAACCUGACUAAAUAUGUUGAAAUGGAUGAUUCUGAUAAUGAUGACGUAUCAAGCACAAGUUAUCCUUCAAAAAUAGAUUCUUAUUCUACAAUAAAUGAUUUUUCAUCCAGCAUAUCCAGUAUUAAGUCGUGGAAAAGUCAUUCUCUGUUGAGUUGCUCAAAUGAUUCUGUAAAAAAUUUUAAUAGAGCUGGUAUUCUCCCAAGUGUGGGCAAACCUGUAUUGCACGAAUUAAACACAGAAAGAAAAUAUGUCACUCGUGGAAAUCCAUCGCAGGACUAUGGGAAACAUACACUCAAACAACAAACUCCUUAUAGUAAAACUUUAAUUUUAAAUGAAAACAAUGAUAUUAAAGAAAAUAUGAUAAACAAGAAGAAUGAAAAACAUUUUAAAGCAUGUGGAAAAGGAAUCAGUUCACUUAAGUCAAGUGAGUCAAAUUCCUGUAUUAAACAUAAGGAAGAAAUAUCCCACCCAAAACUAGAUGUUAAUAGCACUACUUCAUGUCCAGUAUUAGAAAUUUUACCAAACCCAAGAUGUACGGAACAACUUGCUAGUCGUUUUGAUCAAGUAAUUAAUAUAUUUAAAAAUCCUGGACGUCAUAAAGGGCCUACAAAAAAUCCUGAUUGUAAUUGUGAUUACUGUAGAAGGUAUUUUAUGUAAUUGCUUCAAUUUUUCUUUUAUCCUGUACAGACAGUACAAAAUAUUUUUAUUAGAGGUUAUAAAUAUGUGUAUUGUAUAUGCAUAUAUAUGGAGAUAUUCAUGUACAAACAUCGUACCCCUUAUUUUUGCACAAACAAAAUGACAUGGACCAAACUUUUAGGAAAUUUUGUUGUGAUUUCAAAGCGGUACCUACUUCGAAUAAUAAUUGAAUGGUUCGAGGGUUAUAUUUACUAAUUGAAUAGGUAUCCUGCGUAUUUUUACACAUUAAAAUUCUUCUUGGAUCUAAAUAUUUGUGGGUAUAGGUACCAAAUUUAUUAAAAAUUUACCAACUUUUAAUGUACUUAUGAGGUCAACAAGAACACCGAGAUAUUCACAAUAGAACAAAAAUGUAUAAAAUAUCUACGAAUAAUUGUAGAUUGUCAAUAUUGUCAUUUAAAAUAGGACCAUCAAAUUGAUUAGGUACUUAAUAAAAAAGUGCGGUAUCUCAUACCGAAAUUUAAACUGAAACAGUAGGUACAUUACAUAUUCAUUUCAUGACAACUCUAUAUUAUGCUCCUGUAUAAACUCAUCUUCUAUAUGGGAUCAUUGCUUGGGGUGGAGUUACUAAUACAUAUCUAAAUAAGAUACAAAUAAUCCAAAAAUGUAUACUUACUAAAAAUUAUUUGUGAUAACCUAUCCUAGCAAUAAUCUAUUAGUCAUAAUUAUAGCACCAGAAACAAAGAACAGUCUGUAAUUGAACUCAAGGCAAAUAAAACUAUUAUACAAAGAUGUAAUUUUUUAGGUCCACAUUUAUUCAAUUAACUACCAAAUGAGAUUAAAUACUGAUGGUGUGAAAAAAUCAUAUGAGAAAAAAAAUAAAAAUGUGUAUACCAUAGUUAUUCAUCAGUUAAUUGACCUAAAAAACAUAUUAGAAUAGGAUUCUAAAUUUACCUAUGCCUUGUGUUUUCUCUUAGUAUCUUAAGUAUUCUAUUCUCCGGCUAUGCCAUUUAAGUUUCCUAUAAAAUAAGAUAAAAAAAAAGGAAAAUAGUUAUAUUACUUUCAUUGAAGAUACAUAUAGGGUGAUUCAGAACGUAUCCAAAAAAAAAUUCUGGAUGUACAGGGGACCCUUACAAAUACAAUUUUGUAA